UCAGGCAACAAAAAUCUGGUGACCGUCUUCAAUCCCCGUGCUUUUCACGCUUAUGUUUUGACUUUAUAUAAUAGGGACAAGCGACAACAGCAUAUAGACAAAAGCUGGUCUGGCUGUAAGUUAGUUAACUACUAACUACAAAAUACUUAUUAUCAGCGCCCCGGUUUUUAUCAAUGAAAUACUACAAAGAUGCUGUGAUUAGUGGAGGUGCAUUACAUAAAGUCUAAGGGCGUCAACGGAGACUGAGAGUAAGAUAAGGCAAUAAACACAAUGCCAGCAUUUGUGAUUCGCAAAGUCCGCGCCCCAAGCAAAAUCAUUUACGAAGCGCAGCUGAACAGUUGAGGAGAGACUCUCGGUCACGUUCAAGAUCCCAACUACGUUACGUUUCACGUUCACCUUUAGCUUAGGUGUAGGUUGAAGUGACCAGGUACUCACUAUAAAUAAGCGAAAUCCGCUACGCAAAUUAGCAAAAAAUUAAAUCAAUUACGCAUUUGAGGAAGACGGUCUAGAAAGGGCCGUACACUCUAAAUGCUGUCUACGAAAAAAUGCACGUCAGCGUCUCCGACGCCCGUUAAACCACAUUGUCAUGUCCCAAUGCUGGGGACAGAGCAGCAUUGCCAAUCCCAGCCACAACCUCAUUCGCAUCGACACACAUGUCACAACCAUGCACAUAAUGCGCACAGUUGCAGUCCGCGAAUGCCAGACGAACCUCGCAGGAACGUACAUGAGGUGUUGUUGGAGCUGUUGGACGUGCUAAUAUCCUGCCUGAUCGUUGCACCCUGCGUGAUAGCAUAUUGGCGGGGCACUUGGGAGCUAAUGGGAGUUAUUCUCUUUCCGAGCAAUCUACCAUUAUCUGCGGCGACCUCGUUAGCCAUAGGCGGCCUUGGUCACUUUUUCUUCACUAUUACACAGAGUCUCUUCAAAGAUCACAUACACCCAGACAAACGGCGGCUAACAUACUAUGCCAUCUCGCGUCUUUACACUGCUGUAUUUGGCAUUGUUUGUGUCAACAUGUGGAGGGGAUCAUGGCUGAUCUGUGACUGGCUAACAAGCGUUGACUCUCUGGCUAUCAUUUCUGUAGUCACUACAAUCGCUCUGCUUUUUCUGUUGGGUACUCGAACUCUUCGCAAUCUUGGAGCCGCACCCUACACUGUUACCAUGGAUCAUAAGUCAGACUACUUUGAGGUGGAUACAAUGUUUAAAAUAUCGGGAUUCAAUCAACCGGGUCUAUAUGUGUUGGACACUCUUUUUUCGGUAUUUGUUAUUGGAAGCCUAGUUGUAAUUGCCUGGCGAGGAGUUUGGGGAAUCUUUGAUCUGACGUUAUUCCCGCGGGACAAGGCGAAGUCAUCAUGGGGCUCACUGUUAAUUGGCUACCUAACAGUAUUUGUGACAAUCAUAAUACAACCCUUGAUGCGCUAUGUGUGUCGUCGGAUUAGUGGCUUCUUUAAGCUAAUUAUUUGCGAUAUUUACUAUCUGAUGAUUUUUUUCGGAGCUGUUAACGCAUGGCGAGGUAUUUGGAAUCUGCUUGAUGUAUACCUGUAUCCAGAUGACCGCAUUCUGAGCUUUUGGAUAACCCACAUUAUUCCAUUCCUGCUACUCGCCGCGCUUAAGUGCUCCAAUUCAAUCCUAGUGCGAGGUGUUUUUAUUGAUGCGGAAGGUACUGGCGCCGAAUGUGUCCUCCUGCCGAUGAACUAUGUUCGCCUGCAUUUUCUGCGCGAGCGUCGUAAGAAAUUUGAUUCAGACCAAAGUCAGCAUUCUGAUAUUUCGCACUUUUAUUUAAAAGCGGACCACGCCACAAUAGUAAAACUUUCAGAAAAGGAUAAUGAGGCACAUCAUACUCUAAUUGAAAAGCCCCAUACCACAAACGUGCAGAUUAUUUAGAAGAGAAAUUCCAAAGACUCAAUUUGUCUAUGUACGCUAUUUAGUUAGUAUGAAUAGGUGUAAAACUAUUUUUAAGACCCAUUAACUUAAUUUUACCCGCAUAUGUAUGUAUAUGCAUAUAUGUACAUAAUAUAAAAUCUUAAACAAAUAAGAGCUUAAGCUCGUUUAGUGAGUUACACUAAAUGCAAAUAUUUCAUAACUAUUGUACAAAAUAUGUGUAAAACAUAUGUAAAUACGACCUGUAUGUACAUCCCAAUAAAGCAUAU